CCUCGCUUCUUCUCAGCCCGGGAUGAAGUCCUGCAAGCCCAAUACCCCGGCGGCUGCGGCGCGCGCCGCCCUCCCGUGCGCGGGGGGAGCCGAGUGUGCGGGCACGUGCGCCGGGGCCGGGCGCCUGGAGAGCGCGGCGCGCCGGCGCCUGGCGGCCAAUGCGCGCGAGCGCCGCCGCAUGCAAGGACUCAACACCGCCUUCGACCGCCUGCGCAGGGUGGUACCCCAGUGGGGCCAGGAUAAAAAGCUGUCCAAAUACGAGACCCUGCAGAUGGCAUUGAGCUACAUCAUGGCUCUGACCCGCAUCCUGGCCGAAGCCGAGCGAUUCGGCUCCGAGCGGGACUGGGUCAAUCUCCACUGUGAGCGCUUCGGCCGCGACCAUUACAUCCAGUUCGCGGGCGCGAAGUUGCCGGGUGACAGCGAGCGCUACGGCCAGAGGCUCUUUGGCUUCCAGCCCGAGACCUUCCAGAUGGCCAGUUAG